AUUUUUUGACGAAGCCUUUCUUCAACCUUAGCUCCGCCACUUUACAUGAAGUUGAUGUUAUAUCAGUAAUUUCAGCAGAAACUGAGUUUGCACUUUUUUCUUUUUACGUACUGAAAAAUGCCUAGAGUUAAGACAAAUCGUAUAAAAUACCCCGAGGGUUGGGAGCUGAUUGAGCCUACCUUAGUUGAACUGGAUGCUAAAAUGAGAGAAGCUGGCAAUGACUCAAAUGAUGGUAAAAGAAAGUGUGAAGCACUCUGGCCCAUAUUCAAGAUCGCACAUCAGAGGAGCAGAUAUGUAUAUGACCUUUACUAUGUAAGGAAAGAAAUAUCUAAAGAGCUGUACGAGUUCUGUUUGGAACAAGGUUAUGCAGAUCGCAACCUGAUUGCAAAGUGGAAAAAGCCUGGAUACGAGCGUCUCUGCUGCUUGCACUGCAUACAGCCCCGGGAUCACAACUUCGCAACUACUUGUGCGUGUCGUGUCCCAAAGCACCUUAGGGAAGCUGCUGUAAUAGAGUGUGUACAUUGUGGAUGUCAAGGCUGUGCAAGUGGUGACUAAUUGCUUCCGAGCUGUAUGUUAUGACAGCAGAUAUAUCCUGAAAGACUUUGGCUUUUUCUAUCUUUCUGAGUUUUCAAAGCAUUAGAAACCUUUGUCUGUAACAGGCUAGUUGAUAUACUUGACUUGCUUUAUUGGAAA